CCACGGAGUUCAACGAGAGCACACAUACUUGGCCGUCCACGGUUCGUCGAGAACCUGGACGCUAUACGAUCAUGAUAGGAGAACCGCUUUCUCGGCGAUGCGCCGCGCAGCUGUCUUCUUCUGCCAGGAAGACGACGAAUCCGCGGCGUCUCCCGCAAGUCUGGUCAGCAAGUUAUGCCUCACAGGCACCAGAUCAAGUCAAUACCUGGCCCAAAGGAAUUUCAUUGGAGAGGCAGCAUGCGCGGAUGAUUCGACCAGUCCCUGUCGUCUUGUCAGGAGCGCACGACCGGCUUAUUCGAGUGAAUCGGACUUCGCUUGAGGUGCAAGGACAAUCGUCUGCAGAUGCCUCAUACAUACCGAUAUCCGGUAGAUGGCUAAGGGAUAAUUGUGGUUGUAACCAGUGCCGUAAUCCAGAGACCGGUCAGCGACAAAUGAACGUGUUCAAGGGCGUUGUGAAUUGCGACAUUGCACGAAUAGAAACAAGCAAAGGAGGCGCCCUGAUUCACGUCACCUUCGGCGAUGAACACCAAACGACAUUCACCCAAGAACAGCUACGGCUGCGAAGUCAUUCCGAAACCCACUACAAGAGACACGGAAUAGUGCAACCGACGAUGUGGAACGCUGGCAUAUCGUCUGAUCCCCCAAGCGUCGAAUUUGCGAGUGUAGAGAAAGAAGGAGUUGGUCUGCUUCUUCAAAAAAUUCGCGUGUAUGGAUUUUGUUUCGUCGAUGGCAUGCCUGCCACACCAGAAGCAACGGAAUCUCUCCUGACAAUGAUCGGGCCGAUUCGAAACACGCACUAUGGCGGCUUCUACGACUUCACGUCCAACCUGUCGUCCAAAGACACAGCCUAUACAAAUGAAAGCCUUGAGCCGCACACCGACAACACCUACUUCACCGAGCCCACGGGCCUACAGGCACUUCAUCUCCUCUCCCACACCGAUGGCAGCGGAGGUCAGAGCUCUUUGGUGGAUGGCUUCGGCGUUGCAGCUCAGCUAUACGAGAGUGACCCCAAGGCGUAUAGAUUUCUGAGUACCUACGGUGUGCUUGGGCAUGCGAGCGGAAACGAAGGGAUCAGCAUCCAGCCUUCCCAUGCCGUGCCAGUCCUGUCUCAUCACCCAAGGAUGGGUUUUCUCGAGCAGGUACGCUGGAACAAUGCCGACCGCGCGGGCAUCGACGGCAACUUCACUGCGGUGGAGAAGUGGUAUUCCGCUGCUGCCAAGUUUGAUGCGCUCAUCAGCAAGCCGGAGAACCAGUACGUUUUCCAACUCCAGCCUGGCAGGCCUGUGAUUUUUGACAACUGGCGCUGUCUGCACGGCCGGACGGCUUUUACGGGGAAGCGAAGGAUGUGUGGUGGCUACAUCAACCGGGACGACUUCAUUUCCAAGUAUCGCGCAACCAACAUGACAGAAGAGGACAUUCGCGCCUCGACUGUGACCGGGUAGGGAUUGGAUUUUGGACUUGGACCGCCUUCUCAUUCUUGACCUACGUCCAGGAAGAGUUCAAGCUGGUCUAUCAGCAGACGUCUGUAAGCCCGGUUUGCUGUGGACCACCACUACUUAGGAAACAGGGCAGGAAAGAGCGCCGUGAUGCC